AUGUUCCGAGCCCGGCGAUACCGGGUCCUCCUGGUAUUCGCGGCCAUCUUUGUUCUGGCUCUUAUCCAUUUCGCCAGUUCACGAGAACAAUCCUCUGCUAGUUGGCGUGCAUCGCCGCCCGCCGAUCGUCGACCGGGGGCCUCAGUCCCGAACCCACCCGCCGUUCCUGAGCAAGCCGCCCCUCAAUCCCCGGCCUCUCCUCCGUCCGCCCAUGACUACAGCCCUGAGCAAUUCUCUACCGAAGAAUCCAAGAACACUUCACCUGACGUGGCCGCAGAGGGCCCUCCCUCAACCUCAACCGAAUCCCCCCAGCCAUCCGAGGAGCCUGCCACCGAGAAGGAUGGGGACAAUCGGAAAGCCACUGGACUUGGAGCUCCAGUCAAGGGUCAAGGCAAAUUGGGAGUCGAAACACCUGCCGCAACAUGGACACGCCCACACUGGCAGAAGCUGCCCGAACUCUUCCCGAUUCGGAGCGAGGACAUGAUCCAGUUGCCAUCGGGUCAGCCUAAGCCGAUUCCGAAGCUGCAGGCGGAUUUCAAAGACGAAACCUCGGCCGAUAAAAUGACGCGUCUCGAGCGCUUGUCGGAAAUCAAGGAGGUCUUUGAGCGCGCUUGGACUGGGUACAAGACCUCCGCCAUGGGACACGAUGAGAUUAAGCCUCUGCGGGGUGGAUUCCGAGAUCCGUUCAAUGGCUGGGGUGCUACGCUGGUGGAUUCGUUGGAUACACUCUGGUUGAUGGAUUUGAAAGAGGAGUUCUCUAUAGCAGUCGACUAUGUCAAGACGAUUGACUUCACUACCACCUCCAAGAGGAACGAAAUUCCCCUCUUUGAAACUGUCAUUCGCUACCUGGGUGGAUUGAUUAGUGCUUACGAUGUCUCGGGUCACAAAUACGAUGUCCUGUUGACGAAAGCUGUGGAACUGGCCGAGAUUCUGAUGGGAGCCUUUGACACCCCCAACCGCAUGCCUUCGCUUAUGUACAAGUGGACCCCAUCUCACUUGACCAGACCCCACCACGCCGAUAAGAAGGCCAUUCUAGCCGAACUCGGCUCGCUCUCAGUGGAAUUCACGCGUCUGGCGCAGUUGACCAAAGACAACAAAUACUAUGAUGCUGUUGCGCGCAUAACCAACGAGUUGGAGAAGCUUCAAGAUCAGACCCAGUAUCCCGGAUUGUGGCCCGUGAAGUUGGACGCCUCGGGGUGCCGCAAGAACACCAAUGCCAACGCCAAUGGCAAUAUCAAUGGCAAUACCAAGGAACUCACCAAAGCUCGCCUCGAGCAGGAGUAUGCGCGCGACCGACUCCCUGUGACUACCACGAGUGCUCAUUCCUCCAAGCCGCAUCCAACCAAGCCGGCCCCGACCGACGCGAAGAGCUACCAGGACUACUUCAAACCUCGCGAUGUGCGGUCUCUUCACGAAGAUGCUCAGCUCGCGGAGUACCCUGGAGCUGUGGCGCAAGGUCCCGGUGGCGCAGCUCUGAGCGCUCCCGAAGCGCAGUGCACCGCGGGAUUGGACACUGCUACCAUUGACAAAGAGAAGUACAGCCUUGGAGCUCUUGCCGACUCUACAUAUGAGUAUUUGCCCAAGGAGUAUAUGCUUUUGGGCGGUCUGAAUGAUCAAUACCGCUCCAUGUAUGAGAAGGCUAUGAACACAAUCCGACAACAUCUGGUCUUCCAGCCUAUGAUCAAGGGCGGCUGGGACGUCCGCUUUCUGAGCACAGCGAUCAUCCCCAAGAAUAAGCCAGGCCCCACGGUCAUGGAAUACAAAGGGGAUCAUUUGUCGUGCUUUCUUGGUGGAAUGGUUGGCGUCGGAGCCAAGCUCUUCGGCCUGGAAGGAGAUAUGGACUUUGCUAAGCAAUUGACUGAUGGCUGUGUUUGGGCGUAUCAAUCUACCAAGAGUGGCAUCAUGCCCGAAGAAUUCUCCCUCGUUCCGUGCAAAAAAGGCCAGCCUUGUGAAUGGGACGAGUCGACCUAUCACACUGCCUUGGAUCCUGACAUGCUGGAGCGUUUUGCCAAGGCGCAGGAGCGGAAAGAGCAGAAGGAGAAGGAGGAGGCAGCGGCUGCAAUGCAGGCCGAGGCUGAGGUAGCUGACUUGAAGAAGAAGAAGACUCUGCUCGGGAAGCGCGAGCGCGGUAACUGGCAUGUCAUUGGUUUGGAAGACGAGGCCACACCGAAGAAGCCGGAACCCGAGCAGCCCCCUGAAGAGGAAGAAGAGAAGGUGCUCUCGCACGAGGAGUACGUGGCGACACGCAUCAGUAAUGAGCGUCUUCCUCCCGGGGUGACGAAGCUCAUCAAUCGCAAGUAUUUGCUGCGACCUGAGGCUAUCGAGUCGGUAUUCAUCAUGUACCGUCUGACCGGCGACGAGUCGUGGCGGAAGAAGGGCUGGGAGAUGUUCCAGGCCGUCUCGAAGUACACCCGAACCGAGUUCGCCAACUCAGCAAUCGACGAUGUCACCGUCACAACUCCCGAGAUGUUGGACGAAAUGCAGUCAUUUUGGCUCGCGGAGACGCUGAAGUAUUUCUACCUUCUUUUCAGUGAUCCGACCGUCGUCAGUCUUGACGACUAUGUACUGAAUACCGAGGCGCAUCCUUUGAGACGCCCGAACUAAUAAUGGCUUUGUAUGCAUGUGCAUUUUGCGUUUGUCUUG